AUGGAAGUUCAUUCGAAAAAAGGCUUCUUUCUUCUUUCAACAUUUUCGUCCAUUUCGAUUUUAUUUCUUUCCUUUUUUAUUUGCCUUGACUAUUAUUUUUUUUAUUUAUUUUUUACUCCUUUCUUUCUAUUCCUUAUUUUCUUUCUUUCUUUCUUUCUUUUUCCUUCUUGUAAUUUAUUUUCCUUUUUCAUUCGUCUUUCUUUUCUUCUUUUUCUUUUUUCUUUCUCCCUUUUUUAUUUUUUCCUUCUUUCUUUCUUUCUUUCUUUUAUUUUAUUAUUUCUCUUUCUUUCUUUCUUUCUUUCUUUCUUUCUUUCUUUCUUUAUCUAUCUAUUACCUUUCUUUUUACUGCUUUUUUUAUUCUUCUUACUUUCCUUCUUUUUAUUCUUUUUCUUUUUCAUUCUUCUUGCUUUCUCUCUUUUCCUUUCUUUCAUUCUUUCUUUCUUUAAUUUUUCUUCUUUCCUUCUUUCUUUCUUUUUCCUUAUUUGUUUUUUCAUAUUCUUUUUCUUUCUUUCUUUCUUUCUUUCUUUCUUUUUCAACAAGAAACGCAAACUCCAGUUGCCCUUAGACAACGACGCAUCUCUCAGAGUAAUUUUGAUUCUGUUAAUUACAGUAGCAGUGAAAUGUAAACACCAUCCUCACGAACCUUCCACUCUUCACUAUCCCUUCCUGCAGCUGUUUCCCUCUUUACUGGAUGAUCGAACUUCUCUAUCGAUCCGUUGA